AUGAGACGGCCCUCGCUCCUCGGUGGUUCUGGUGAUGGCGAGGGCGCGCACCAGCGGCGACGUACGUCCAUCGCCGACGAUGCGGCGCAGCUCGCGACGUUGGGUCACCAGCAGGAGCUCCAGCGUAACUUCAGCUUCAUUUCCAUGUUGGGUCUUGCCUUUGCCAUUCUGAACACAUGGACCGCUCUCGCAGCCUCCAUCUCCCUCGCUCUCCCCUCUGGAGGCCCUUCCUCUGUCAUGUGGGGCCUCGUCACCGCCGCCAUCUGCAAUUUGUGCCUCGCGGCCUCGCUCGCCGAGUUCCUGUCGGCAUAUCCGACCAGCGCUGGGCAGUACCACUGGGCGGCCAUCGUUUCUCCCCACCGCUACGUCCCCAUCGUCUCCUGGGUCACCGGCUGGAUCAACACGGCCGGCUGGAUCGCGUUGACCGCCACGGGUGGCCUCCUCGGCAGCCAGCUCAUCCUUGGCACCAUCAGCUUCAUGAACCCGAGCUUCGAGCCGCACCCCUGGCAGCAAUUCCUCCUGUACCUCGCCUACACGCUCGUAGCGUUUCUCAUCAACGCCUUCGCCACCAAGCUACUACCGUACGUGACGCAGACGGCCUUCAUCUGGUCAAUCGUUGGCUUCGUCGUCAUCAGCAUUACGCUUCUCGCGUGCGCCGCCCCCAAUUACCAAUCCGGCACCUUCGUCUACGGCAACUUCAUCAAUGAAACCGGCUGGCCCGACGGCUUCGCCUGGCUGCUGGGCCUCCUACAGGGCACACUGUCCCUCACAGGCUUCGAUGCCGUGGCGCAUAUGAUCGAAGAGAUCCCGGACCCAACCAAAGAAGGCCCACGCAUCAUGGUCGCCUGCGUCGGCAUCGGCCUAUUCACAGGCUUUGUCUUCCUCAGCGUCCUGCUCUUCGUGCUCAGGGACAUCACCACCGUGAUCGAAAGCCCCGCCGGCCCUUUAUUACAGAUCUUCUACGACGCGACCAACAACAGAGCCGGCGCCGUCUGCUUGCUCAUCUUCCCACUCCUGUGUCUCCUCUUCGCCACCAUCUCCAUCAUGACGACCAGCAGCCGCAUGACCUACGCCUUUGCGCGCGACGGCGGCCUACCCUUCAGCCGUAUUUUCGCGCGGGUCCACACGGGCCUCGACGUCCCGCUCAACGCCCUGCUGUUGACGACGGUGCUGGUCGUCAUCUUCGGCUGUGUCUUUUUGGGAAGCAGCAGCGCCUUCAACGCCAUUAUCAGCGCCAGCGUCGUGGCACUGGGCAUCACGUACGCGAUCCCGCCUGCCAUCAAUUGUUUGAGGGGCCGGAGCAUGUUGCCGGAGAGCCGACCGUUCAAGCUGCGCGGGCCGCUGGGCUGGAUCUGUAAUUUGGUCGGCAUCGCCUUCGCCUUACUGACCACCGUCCUCUUCGUCUUCCCGCCCUUCCUGCCCGUGACCGGCAGCAACAUGAACUACUGCAUCGUGGCCUUCGGCAUCAUCCUCAUCAUUUCGGUCGUGCAGUGGUUUGUCGACGGGCGCAGGAACUACAAGGGCCCCUACGUCGAUCCGGAGGUGUUGGAGCAGGCAGACACGGACGUCGUUGGCGUCGGGUUGACAUCGGAGCAAAGCCAUCUUUCGAAUGGUGGUGGUGGGGGGAACAAUUCCAUGGCUUUGGGCCACAAGGGCCACAAUGGGGGUAAGAAAGAGGCUUGA